UUAAACAAACAAACAAUAAAAAAGAAGGUGGGAAUCCCACCCACGUCAACCACACCAACUAAUCAUUCCUCUCCACUCAAUUAUCUCAAAGCCAGUCAACCACACCAACUAAUCAUUCCUCUCCACUCAAUUAUCUCAAAGCCAAUGGAUAACUCAAUCAACCGAGACAUAAUGAGCUGGCGCAUUUACAAAGAAUUGAAGGGUAGUUGUAAAAUCAUGCGUCGGUGGCUUGAGGCUUCUACACAAGCUUAAAUCCCCUUCUUCCUUUCCAUGAAAACGAGCCCUUAUUCUUCCACAACCGCUCAGUAUGUUUAUGAAUCCUUGCAGUUCAUAU